AAUUUACCUUUUCCAGUAUAUAAAACUAUAUAAUAUAUUUCCAAAUAACAUCAAAAACACAACAUGAAACUGUUUAUCGUCCUCUCCUGCCUCGUGGCAGCUAGUCUCGCAUCAGUCCUGACGAUGACGCAUACGGAUUAUGAAUGGGAAGCGUGGAAAGCUAAAUACGAGAAAACCUACUACGAUGAAAAAGACGAGGCUGUUCGUCGUUACAUCUGGGGAAAGAACCAAGCGUUCGUUGACAAACACAAUCACGAAGCCGCCCAGGGAAAGCACACAUACACCGUUGGAAUGAACAAAUUUGCAGACUUGGAAUCGGAAGAAUUCGCCAAAAUCUUUCUCGGUAAGGCACGACAAGGACCAUGGAACACACCAGGCUGUUCUAACUCAAGCAUUUACGUCACCAGCCGUUACUAUGGUGAAUCUCCUACUGAAGUUGAUUGGACGAAGAAAGGCUACGUCACAGGGGUCAAAGAUCAGGCAGCAUGUGGAUCAUGCUGGGCUUUCAGUACGACUGGAUCUCUCGAAGGCCAACACUUCCACUCAACAGGAAAACUCGUUUCUUUGAGCGAACAGAACCUCAUGGACUGCAGUAAGCCUGAAGGAGAUUUCAGCUGUGAGGGAGGACUCAUGGACAACGCUUUUGACUACAUUAUUGCAAAUGGUGGGGUCGACACCGAGGCUUCAUACCCCUAUCAAGCGAUGGAUGAGCAACAGUGCCGCUACACAAAAAAAGAUGUCGGAGCAACUAUGACGUCAUGCGUUGACGUCACACCCCAUGGAGAUGAACAGGCAUUAAAAAAAGCAGUUGGAACGAUUGGACCUAUUUCAGUAGCCAUUGAUGCUUCCCAGAUAUCUUUUCACUUAUACAAAAGUGGUGUUUACAGCGAACCAGGUUGCAGCUCGACUAUUCUCGAUCAUGGUGUUCUAGCAGUUGGAUACGGAACAGACACUAACAGCGGUUCAGACUAUUGGCUCGUUAAGAACAGUUGGGGACUGAGUUGGGGAAUGCAAGGAUACAUUAAAAUGAGCAGAAACGCGAACAACCAAUGUGGAAUCGCUACUUCUGCAAGCUAUCCGGUGGUGUAAGGAGCCAACGGUCACAAAAAGCUACAAGAAUCCCUUCGAUCACCGUAACGUUACUUUGAUGUUUUUAUCAUUCUAUUUUAAAACAAUGUCUUUAAUUGAAAUUUUAUUCAUUUUUUUCGAAUUUUCUCUCCUAAUUAAAUUUGCUAUACUUCUAAUUACACUUCUUUACUGAUAUAUGUAACAAUACGGAAUGAUUUUAUUUGUAUUUUAAUAACACAAAGCUGAACCGGGAAGGGAACAGUAACACUUUAUAUAAAAGGUCAAAGGUCAUACUCAGAGUAAAGUAUGAAAAACAUCGAAAAUAAUAUUCGCCCAUUCAGAACGUUGUUAGAUCAUUUGGGUUGCCUGCUGGCAAUAAUCGUAAAAGAUGUGCUGUGGAUAACAGGUAUCAAUUUGUGUUGUCCUGUAGAAAUUUCGACGGGAUUAUAAUUACAUAUAUGUUUAAUUCUUCAUUGAAUAAAUACGUGUAUUUCAA